AUGGCUGUCAACGAUGAUACCUUUUCGAUGUCGACCAUGUUCGAUGCUUUACCAUACCCUAAUGGAGUCUCCGGUUCCAUCCCUCCUCCUGGAUUCCCCCCACACGCCUCGUCCGCCACUAACUUGCACGCGGCCAUGUUCAGCCUAAUGACUAGCUGCGAAGGUCUGUCCUACUUCAAGGAGACGAUCUCAACGCUAGACAAAACAGAGCUUCAGAGGAUGGCGUCGUUGCUGACGUCAGACUCCGAUUACUUCAUGGCCAUCGUCACAAACAAGAACGGCUCGAAACGCGUGCAGAAGCUCCUCGGGAUAUCAGAUGACUUGGACGCCCUCUUCUGCGCCGCUAUCUUGCGCCGUUUCUUGCACAUCACGUCUGACAAAUACGCAUCCUACGUGACGAUACGAGCCAUGAUCGUUUUCGAAGAGGAGAAGAAAAAGGCAAUGUAUGAACACAUUCUCCACCACGCUCUCGACCUAGCGUGUGACCAACACGGCUGCAUCGCACUCAACGAUAUCAUAACCGAUGCGGAUGAUCCUUACUACAGAAAUCAGAUACUAGACUUGGUCGCAUACAACGCUCUCCGCCUAAGCAACCACGCUUCAGGGAACUUUGUGGUCCAACAUGUGCUUACACUGUUUGACUCUCGUAGCAUACGCAACAUCGCGGUAAGUCUCCGUGGGCAUUGCAUUGAUCUCUCGUUCAAGAAGUACGGAAGCUACAUCAUGGAGAAGCUUCUGAAGGCGGAGGAGUCAUCAAUGGUAGUGGUGGUUGUGGAGCUUUUGCAGUGCGAGGGAGACAGGUUGAUGAGGCUGGGGAGGAAUGAGUUUGGGAGUUUCGUGGUGUUGAAGGCACUGAUAAUGACCACGAAGAUGUCUAGGAUGGACCUGUUUUGGCGUUUGGUGGAGAAGCUCAUGCCUUUCAUCCAUCUCUUGCGUAGGUCUCACGGAAACAACAUUGCAAACAUCUUGGAAUCAUUAAAGCUUCGUUGCUGA